AUGUCGGCACAAAUUCAGCAGGCUGUUGAAAUAGCAAACAGCCCUUCCAGUGACCAGAUUUUGAAGGAGCAGGCCUUGGCUUUUAUCACACAAAUCAAGACUUCUGCUGAAGGCUGGAAAAGCUGCUUAAAGCUUCUCCAACUAGAUUCUACCAGUUUGCAUACCAAAUUUUUUGCCUUCCAGGUAGUAGAUGAUAGGUUACCGUUCCUACCCAACGAGGACAAGAUUACCAUAAAAGAAGUAAUCUUCACCUAUUUGGACAGUUUGAUUGCGAACAACAAAAUUGAACCUUUCUUCCUCAGAAAUGCCUUGUCAAAGACCUUGGGACUCAUUUUCGUGCACUGCACCACCAACUGUUACUCAACUUUGAUAAAAGACUUGUUGUCACUCUCUUACAACAGCACUACAGACUCUUUCAAUGAGAUUGCAACCGACUAUUAUAUCAGAACGUUAUUGGUGAUUCAUCAAGAAAUCGGAGAUCAAAUGAUCACCAGAGACAGUCGUUCCCAAGACCACAAUAAUCUUUUGAAAGAUUCCAUUAGAGCCAACGACAUGAUAGACUUGGCAAACAUCUGGAAAAAAAUACUAUCCAAACUCACAGCAGUUUCUUCUCCCAGCGACAAAAUAGUAGACGAAAUAGUUAACAAUACCAUCCUCUGCAUAGGUUACUAUAUUUCGUGGAUUGAAAUCAAUCUAAUUCUAGAUGAGCAAUAUAUGUCUUUUCUUUACCAAUUCCUAAGCUCUAAUGAUAACAGCAAGAGACGGAUUGUCACUGCGAACACCUUCAAUGAAAUUUUACAUAAGAAAAUGCCAUCGGCCAAAAAGUUAGAGCUUUUGAACUUCUUGAACUUGGGCACGAUGCUGAGCCAAAUGAACUUGAACUCAAAGAUAAUGGAAUUUGAUGUGGCCAUGGCACUAGCUAAACUUAUCAAUCAAAUAGGGGUUGAAGCAAUAAUAGUACUAGAUAAUGCAUCUCCACAGGAGCUACUAAACGACGAAUUCAGAAGUAUUGCAUGUUCAAAAAUAUUGGAAAUUUUCCCUUUGAUAUUUGAGUUUUUAUCAAAUGAAUUUGAUGAUAUUUCAUUAGAGGUUUUCCCAUUUAUUGGAAAUUUCCUUUCAUUCUUGAAGAAAAAUAUCACGAAUGACACAGUUAACUUUUCAUCCUUGAAUAACGAUGAGCUAUUGUCGACCUUAUCAAAAAAUAUAAUAAUGAAACUGAAAUUUGAUCCAGACGAUGAUGGUGAUGACGAUGAGACCAUUGAGCAAUUCAACGAAAUAAGAAACAAGCUCAAUGUAUUUCUAGAUUCAAUUGUGCUAUUAAAUGAAAGUUUAGCGUUGGAGGUGCUCAUCGGUUGCAUCAACGAAUUCCUCUUUAACAUCAGCACUGGUGCAAGUGGAGCUGGCGGCGAGAAAGAUUGGAGAACCAUUGAAUUGGGUUUGUAUGUUCUCACAUACUACAGUGAUAUGCUCAGAAACAACAUUAUGAAUUUGCCUAAAACCAUGAUCAAUAAUUCGAGACCAUACUUUGUUUUUAACCAAAUGUUAUGUAAAGUUAUCAACAAUUCAGGCGAAAUUUUAAUUAGCCACCCGUUAAUCCAGCUAUUGUUUUUUGAGUUACUACUCAAACAUUAUCCGUUUUUCACCAAUAACAACAUUCAGGUCGAAGGGGUUAAUAAGGAAGAUACUUUGAUGAAGGUCCUGAACGUUUUCAUUUCUAAUUUUGGUGUUUUCAGUGCUAAUGAAAAAGUUAAACAUAGGUCAUGGUAUUUACUGUACAGAUUUUUGAAAUUGACCAAGCCGAAAAUUAACGACUAUAUCAUUGAGGAGCUCAUUAAAUCUUUACUACCUUUGUUGAAUCUUAAUUUUGAAAUCCUUUCCAACAAGAAUAAAGCAGUUUCAUCUACGGAUGUCGCAUCAUUGCAUGACCUAGAUUUAUCUUUAAUAGAAGAAACUGGGUCGUUCGAAAAUCAACUUUACCUUUUUGAAAGUGUUGGGCUGUUGAUUACCUUUGUAUCGGAUGAAGACUCCAAGAUUACCAUUUUUGAAAAUGUACUACAGCCGUUAUUCUCGAACCUUGAAAGCGGAAUUACCUCAAUAACUUCAUACAAGCUGGAUCUAAAUGUGCUCAUCCAGGUCCAUCACUCAUUAAUUUCCAUGGGAAACAUUUUGAAAGGUUUUGAAAAUCUAAGAUCUGAAACGCUCAACAACAUAAAGCUUUUAAAUAUUUUCGAUCAAAUAUCACAAGUCAUUAUGAUCACAAUGGAAAACUUCAUUGAUUUCAAUAUAGUGAGAGAGUCGAUUCAGUUUUGUGUUGUUAGAUUAUACAUCAUUCUAAACAACAACAACAACAACAACACGGAAUUACUACAAUCUAUUCUUUCAAAGUUCAUUUCGUGUGUAAUGAUCAACUUUGAUAAGUUGAAGAUGUCUGAAAUUAUCAAUUUGAUCAACUUCAUUUCUCAAAUCCUUCAUCAAAGUAACAACAACGAAAAUUCCUAUCUGUUGUUGCAAUCCCUAUUGGCUCCAUUUUUGAGUAAAAUCUUCUUCAGAAUUGAAGCAGUCACAGCUAGCGCUACAGACGACUUUAGUAAAAAGGAGGUACUAGAUUUGCAGAGAUCCGUUUUGUCAAUUCUCAUUGCUAUCUCGAAUGACCACUUGAACUCUUUAUGGCUUUCCACAGAAGAGAACAAGGAGAUGUUAGUCAACACUGUCAAAAUGUCCUUAAAUUAUUCCUCUAACUAUUCCGUUACUGAUCUCUCCGUUGUCAAAUUAUCCCUGAUCGUGUUAAAUAUGUUGUGCCAGGGUAUCGGCAGUGGUAUAGUGAUAGAUCCACUGGACAAUUACAGAAAUGAGAGCAACAAGUUUGAGCAGGUCGACGAGAUAUUAAUUAACAACUCAAUUCUUUUGAGUGUGGAAUUGGGUCUCAAAGUUCCAGCAGCCAAUAAACACCUCUUGAAGGACGCACAAUUUAGAAACAAUGUCACAUUAGAGACAUGCAGAUUGCUAAAGGGAAUUGCACACAUAGGAUACGAGUAUCCAGAUGCCAACACUCUGCAAAAGAAAAAGACUGAAGCUACUGCUACUGCUACCACUGCUACCACUAUAGGAAACAAAGACGUCGGCAAACAACAACUACUUCCUUCCGGAUUCAACGAGUUCAGAUGUCAGCAAAUUUCCAGUGUGUUGUCCAACAACUUCGGCUUUCCAGGAGACCUGUCAAAUGAACUUGUUCAGGCUUUGGUAAGCAACACUGAUAGACAAUUUAUGAAGUAUCUCGUCGCUCUGGUGGAGAAGUUCUGA